CAGUGGGCCCUCGAGAAGCGACCAUUAUGCACAUAUCCAAAUCAGCCUUCGCCGUUAUCUCUAUCAGUCAAUCAAAUCUUUCAUUGUGAGCAAAACCAGAUGGCCUACCCUCGUAUGAUUCGCAGAGCCAUCGCCGAGACCCACUACUUGAGAUCUUCCUGGUGCUUCGGCAACAGAUUCUCGACUCACCAUGCCAUCUCUAACGUAAACGACAACAACAACGAGAAAAAGAUCAUCGAUAAUGGUUGGGGUGGUCUUGGUUCGUUUCGUCGUUAUUCUAACUCCAGCUCACUGGGGGGAGUCGGACUGCCUUCGUACAUGCGCGCAGCUGUGUUUUGGGAACCCAAUAAGCCCCUUACAAUCGAAGAAUUCCGCAUGCCUCGUCCCAAGGCGGGCGAAGUUCUCAUCAAGACCAAGGCCUGUGGAGUCUGCCACUCUGAUCUCCAUGUUAUGAAAGGCGAACUUCCGUUUGCUAGUCCUUGUGUCGUGGGGCAUGAGAUAACUGGUGAAGUUGUUGAACAUGGGCCUCUUACUGACAGAAAAAUAGUUGAAAGAUAUCCACUUGGAUCCCGUGUUGUGGGAGCUUUCAUCAUGCCUUGUGGUAAUUGUUUCUUCUGUUCAAAGGGCCAUGACGAUUUAUGUGAGGACUUUUUUGCGUAUAACCGAGCCAAAGGGACCCUUUAUGAUGGUGAAACUCGGCUGUUCCUCCGCAGUGGUGAAAAACCUGUGUUCAUGUAUAGUAUGGGAGGCCUUGCUGAGUAUUGUGUUGUCCCAGCACAUGCGCUGUCUAUUUUGCCGGACUCGUUGCCAUACACAGAGUCUGCAAUUUUAGGAUGUGCAGUUUUUACCGCCUAUGGUGCCAUGGCCCAUGCAGCUGAGGUGCGUCCUGGGGAUUCUGUUGCUGUGAUUGGAAUUGGGGGUGUUGGUUCAAGUUGCUUGCAGAUAGCUAGAGCCUUUGGUGCUUCUGAUAUUAUUGCUGUGGAUGUUCAGGAUGAAAAACUUCAGAAGGCCAAGGAGUUUGGUGCCACUCACACAGUAAAUGCAAUUCAGGAAGAUGCCAUUGAAAAGAUAAGAGAAAUUACUGGGCGAAUGGGUGUGGAUAUUGCUGUGGAAGCCUUGGGAAAACCACAGACAUUUUUUCAGUGUUUCAAUAGUGUGAGAGAUGGAGGAAAAGCUGUUAUGAUUGGACUUACACCAGCUGGUGCUGUAGGGGAGGUGGAUAUAAACCGUCUUGUUCGUAGAAAGAUUCAAGUCAUUGGCUCCUAUGGAGCAAGGGCAAGGCAAGAUCUUCCCAAGUUGGUUAGACUGGCAGAAAGUGGCAUCUUCAAUCUCUCCAAGGCAGUUUCUAGAAAAUACACCUUUGAGGAGGCAGGCCAAGCCUUCCAUGAUCUCAACCAGGGAAACAUUGUCAGUCGAGCUGUGGUUGAGGUAAUGUAAUUCUUGGUCAAGCGAGAACACAGUUGUUGAUGACAAAGUCCCACCUCUAGUACUAGGCACCUGCCCUGCAUUUUUAAUAAUAUCUAUGGGAUAGAUGUUGAUCAUGUUGUCAAUCUUGAUUUGUAUCCUGGUCCGCUUUCUGAGCAGGGUGUAGUUGUGGAUAGCUAAUAGCUGGCUGUGGUUACAAGUUUGUGAUUUCUUUUCCCUGUAAUGUGACUUGGAAGUCUUUUUUAAAAGAUGCAGUGAAUUUUGUGUA